AUGGAGUACCUCCGCAAACUCGACAGCCUCCUCAAGGUGGAGCAAGAAGCCGGGUGGAAGGGCAAGGGAGCCGAGCGCUGGUCCAACAAGGAUCUGGACCCAGUCCCUCGCGAGAAGCGUACCUGGGGCAUGCUCUCGAUCAUCUCGUACUGGACGUCAGACCAGUUCAGCCCUGCAUCGUGGUCGCUCGGCGCCUCCCUCAUCGCCAUGGGCAUGACGGCCCGCGAGGCCAUCCCGAUCACCUUUGUCGGCUUCACCUUGUGCGGCAUCAUCAUCGCGGUCAACGGCAAAAUCGGCUCAUUGAUGCACGUGUCGUUUCCCGUCCUCGCGAGGGCGUCGCUCGGGCCCUGGGGCAGCUUCCCGGCCAUCAUCGUUCGCUGCAUCCUCUCGCUCCUCUGGCUCGCCAUCCAGACGUACCUCGCCGGCUCGAUGAUGGCGCAGCUCCUCGGCGCCAUUUGGCCGUCGUACCUGCGCAUCGAGAACACGCUGCCCAUCGACCUGGGCCUUACGACGCAGCAGCUCGGCGGCUUCCUCCUGUACUGGGCGAUCCAGACGCCGGUCAGCUGCAUCCCUGUGCACAAGAUGCGCCACCUGUUCCUCGUCAAGGCCGUCCUCUGCCCCGUCGGCUACAGCGCCAUCUGCUUCUGGGCCCUCGCCGCGACCAAGGGCGACGCGCCUUCGCUCAACGGCACCUUUGACGGCUCGCUCACCGCCCACGGCAAGGCGGCAGCCGUCUUUAGCGGCCUGAACGCCAUCGGCGGCUUGUACAGUACUGUCCAGCUCAACAUUCCUGACUUUUCUCGCUUCUCGCACUCGUCCAAGUCGAUCUGGUGGCAAAUCAUAAUCGUCCCCGUCACCGGAACCUGGCCCGUCGCAUGCGGCGUAAUCGCGACGGCUGCGGCGCAACAGCUGUACGGCGUCGAGGCGUGGGACGCGGCGACGCUCGUCUCGCUGUGGGGCCACGACUCGGCGAGCCGGGCGGCACGAUUCUUCGCGGCCGCCAUGUUCCUCUUCUCAACUUUGGGCGUCAAUAUUAGCGCCAACAGCAUCUCGUUCGCGACCGACUUGACGGCCCUUCUCCCGCGGUACCUCACUAUCCUGCGCUCGUCCAUCAUCGCCGGAAUCCUCGCGAUCGCCAUAAACCCGUGGAAGGUCGUCAACGGCUCCGCGUCCUUCUACAACUUCCUCCAGAGCUACAGCGUCAUCCUCGGCCCGCUCGCGUGCAUCAUCGCGACCGACUUUUACCUCGUCCGCAAGGGCCGCAUCGACGUGCGCGACCUGUACGAUCCGGCGGGCCCGUACAAGUACACGCUCGGCGUCCACUGGCGCGGGUACGCCGCCUGGAUCGGGGCGCUCGCGCCCAACCUGCCCGGCCUCGCGCACGCCAUCACGCCGUCACUCCCCAACAAAGGGUGGGAGGUCUACACGUUCGGCUGGGGCGUCGGGUGCGUCCUCGGCGUCGUCCUGUACUACGGCAUCUGCCUCGUGUCGCCGCCGACGUCGUCUUUCGUGCCCGAGGCCGUCUACGAGAUCGACGACGACCUGCUCGCGCCGGCGUCGAGGGGCGACAUCGCGACGUCGGACGGCGACACCGACCUCGAGAAGAAGCAGUCGGGCACGGGCGAGGUCGUCGCCGUCGUCUGA